CCUUCAUUGACCAGGGAGGAAGAGAUAGGAAGCUGUGAUCCCGGAGGCCCGGGGACCUUAUUUCCAACCAGCACAGCUCAGACAGACAGACAAAACAGAGAGAGAAUGUCUUCUGACCUGGACUCAAGUCUAACCAGCAUGGACUGGCUCCCACAACUGGGAAUCAGCUCACUGCGUUCAGGGAAAGAGAGAGGAGGAGAAAGGGAGAGAACGAAGGAGAAAGGGAGGGAGAGAGGUAAUCUGCCUCCCCCCAUCCCGGCCCCCACUCAGUCCUCCAGCACCAAAGGGAAACCCCCUCAUAGCUAUGCCACACUCAUCGCCAUGGCAAUAGAGGCUGCCCCUGGCAGAAAGUUGAGUUUGAAUGACAUCUACACAUGGAUCAGUGAUAAGUUCCCCUACUACAGCAGAACAGGAAGGGGCUGGAAGAACUCCAUCCGCCACAACCUGUCCCUCAAUAAAUGCUUCCGGAAGGUUCCUCGACCCCAGAGUGACCCUGGAAAGGGUUCCUAUUGGACAAUGGAUGAAGCGCCUGAGCCCAGUCUGCUGAAAGGAAUAAAGCGUCCAUACCCGUCAGAGGAGGAGGAAGAGGAGAAUCUGGGAGACGAGGCAUCUAUCCAGGACCCCCAUGCUUCUGUAGCAGAGAAAGGGGCAUCCCCCCAGGGGUCCAUGCAGCUCCUCCAGGCAGACCAUGAAACACCUUUAGCACCACCACAGGGACCUUCUCCUCACCCAUCAUCCCAUGGACCCUCCCUAUCCCCCCCACCCUGCAAGCAGCAGCCCCUCGUCUUCACUCCCUCUGCCCCCCAUCCCACUGUCUUCCCCUCUACUGUCCCAUCAACUGUCCCCUCUCCCUCUGCCCCCCAUCCCACUGUCUUCCCCUCUACUGUCCCAUCAACUGUCCCCUCUCCCUCUGCCCCCCAUCCCACUGUCUUCCCUUCUACUGUCCCCUCUCCCUCUGCCCCCCAUCCCACUGUCUUCCCCUCUACUGUCCCCUCUCCCUCUGCCCCCCAUCCCACUGUCUUCCCCUCUACUGUCCCCUUUACUGUCCCCUCUCCCUCUGCCCGCCAUCCCACUGUCUUCCCCUCUACUGUCCCCUUUACUGUCCCCUCUCCCUCUGCCCCCCAUCCCACUGUCUUCCCCUCUACUGUCCCCUUUACUGUCCCCUCUCCCUCUGCCCCCCAUCCCACUGUCUUCCCCUCUACUGUCCCCUUUACUGUCCCCUCUCCCUCUGCCCCCCAUCCCACUGUCUUCCCCUCUACUGUCCCAUCAACUGUCCCCUCUCCCUCUGCCCCCCAUCCCACUGUCUUCCCCUCUGCUGUCCCUUCCACUGCCUCCUCUCUGCCUCCUCAUUCUUUCCCUAGUCCUUCCAUCACUCUCUCUACUGUCCCCUCGUCUGUCUCCCCUCCAACUCUCCCCUCUUAUUCAGCUCCUCCUCAGCCUGUCCCCUCUCUUUACGUAGCCUCUGCCUCGUCUCACUCCUGUGAACCCCCUCUCCGUUUCUCCUUCUCUGAUCUGAACCUGCCAGACCUGUACACCUCCUUCCAGUCCCUCUGCAGGAGUGUCAGGGAGAGAGUGACCUCACAAUCGGACACGGGAACCUUCUUUGGGUUAACCAAUGAGAGUAGCCAACUGCACACCCCAACCCUCCCCCCUCUCUCCCCUCACCCCAUGCCCUCUGUAGUCCCCGGGUCUGUUCCUGAGGCCGAAAAACACUCUCGCAGCAAUGUGGUGCCACCGGACUGGUUCAGUACCACAGACUCUCUUAAGGAGAGUUUUCGGAUCGCCAGCAGUCUGGACUGGGCUAACAUAGACCUCACCAGUCACCCAGACCUUCUGGAGAGCAUGCGCCAGGCCUCGCUCUGUGAUUGGGCGCUGGAACCGAUGCUCUUCACCUCACUCUGUGAUUCACUGAACCGCUUCUUCACUGAGAAGGGCCUAAUUGGCUCCUCCAGGAGCAAUUCCCCAUUGGCCCAUGUUCCACCUGAGUCUCCCCUCACUUCACCUAUUCACAACCCCCCCACCCUGGCCAGCCUGACCCACCCCUCUCCUCUUGCCUACCCUCCACUGGCCCCCUCCUCAGGCAGUGGGCAGCCCGCCAAGAGGCCCCCCCAGGCCCAGAGCCUACAGAGGCCAGCCCUGACCCAGCCUGCAGCCCCCCAGACCAACGCUGGGAUCCAACUUCAACCUAGACCCCACCCCCCUAUGAAACAUCACCAUAGCAACAGUGAAGAGAUUCAAGAUGACUUUGACUGGGACUCGUUGAUCGCUUGACAGUGAUUUCUGUAUAUCCUUGCCAUUUUAUUAGGUCAACUGGAUCAGUGUUGACACUAUAACAGACCAAGGGUCAGAUUACUCUCCUCAAAAUCUUACUUGUACCAUUAGGAGCAAAUGUUAAACUGACCUUAGAUCAGCCUACACUGAGGGGGCGCAUAUACAAAACACUACACCCUAUAUAUAUUGUAACACAGGUUAUAGAUUAUGACUGAAUGCUAUAUUCUUCUAGCGAAAUGUUUGAGUGUUUUUUGGUUUCCACUUAAUUACUGUAAUUGGUUAUGCUAAUAAAAUAAUUGGCUAUGCUAAUAAAAUAUUGAAAAGCAAACUGUCAUUUUUCC